AUGUGUAGCGUUCACUAUAACCACAGCCUGACGGCCAUGAGCGGUAGUGACAUCAUGGCCUAUUCUCUGAGUCUGGAGCAGAAGACGGCGUUUGCGUUCGUUGGGAUGUUGCUGGUGUUUCUCGGGCUGUUGAUCGUCAGGUGUUUCCGGAUCCUGCUGGACCCUUACAGUAGCAUGCCAUCAUCCAGCUGGGGCGACAGACUGGAGGGUCUGGAAAAAGGGACGUUUGAAAACGCUCUUACCUGAGACCACGUUCCCAAAGACACCAGACCCCCAGUCCAUGGCUUCAUUCUAGAGCCCCCUGAAUCAUAUAAAGACUUUGCACCGUAUGGGGGCAUGCACACAGGAUGCUAAAUGUUUUAA